AUGUUACCGUUUGGUGCAAUGCCAGCCUUGAUGACAGUAGGACGAAUCGCCUUCUUAAAGCCUGAUAUGGCUUGUGUCAUUGGAUUGAAACCAUUUUCAUCAAUUUCGUUGCUGGUAUAUGACUUGUUUAUAAACAUCUUCCUCAACGUUAUGUUCCUGUGGCCUUUACUUCGUUCAAAAAUAACUAGUCCUCGACUGGUUAAGCUUGCCCGUCGCAACAUGGUAGCUGCGGUAGUUGCGCUUGCCACUUCAGGAACCAACAUUGCCCUAUUAACAGUGCUCGAACGCGAAUUAGGAUGGGUGUGUUUAGCUAACUGCGCUAUAGAUGUUAUACUCAAUGCAAUUGUGAUAUUUUGGUUAACGGUCCCCACAAACGACUUGUCUAUAAGUGAUCUAUCCCAUCAUCCGUGCCAUACUCAGCCACAGAUUUCAUAUGGCGGACCAGAUUGCGAGAGCUCCAUUCACAAACCCCAAUCGAUCAAAGCUCCAUCCGCAUAUAACCCCUCUAUUGCACACAGGUCCCAGGUAUCUCUCGGGGGUGUUAUUGUCGGCAACAAGCCUACAUACAUUCCCCCUCCCGUUUACCCGGCUACUAUUGCAGAAGUUAAUGAACUACGAUACACAGCUGGCCUCUCAGAUUUUCCAGUAUCGCCCACAGUUCCAUCGACCUCACUGGGCAACAUGUCCAUGCUUGCCAGUUCACUGAAUGACAACAUUAGCUCAGGGAGGAGAUCAACCGGUCUCCGUUCGCUCGGAGAGUUUUUCGGAGUAUCAAAAGUCAAAGCAGAAAAGGAAAUGGAGGUUCAUAUCUCCGUGGUCACUCAAGAAAAUGUCGAAAUGGGUCAUCUGGAGAGCUAUCAAGCCAAAAAUGAUGACGAUGACAGCCUCGAUCAAUCUAAACUGAAGAGUGGGUGGUACAAAUAA